ACACCCCUUCAACUGAAUGGUACUAAACCCAUUCACCUUUGUUUUUCUGAUCUCUCCCGCCGUCUCUGCUCUCUCCAUCCUCCUACAACUCGCUUGUCGGCCGGCCACCGACGGCAGCAACUCGAUCUCUUCUCGCCCUCCUUCUCUCUCUCGCAAUGGAACAUGGAUCCUUCACAGAUGAGACCAAAUCAACAUUUUCAAUGGCUGAUGAAGAUCAUACACUUGCAAAUGCUCUCAGAUACACUUUGAAUCAAGAUCCAAGAGUGACAUUCUGUGGGUACAGCAUCCCCCAUCCUUCAGAUAAUCGAGUUAAUAUUAGAGUCCAGACAACAGGUGAUCCUGCAAGAGAGGUUUUGAAAGAUGCUUGUCAGAACUUGAUGGUGGUGUGCCAGCAUGUCAGGAACACAUUUGACAAAGCUGUGCUUGAUAUCAAACUCACCAAACCUGUGGGAGACAUUAAUAUCAAAUAGAAUGGGACCUUUCUUUUUAUUUGGCUUGUAAUUUACUUUUUUUUCUUUUUGUUUAAUACUUAUUGUAGUUUACAGGUUAUUGAGAUGUGUUAGUUACUGGCUUUUGGAACAUAUUCAUUCCAUUGAAUUUUGAUUACUUUUACUGUUAUCUCAACUGAUGGGAUGCCCUAGGGGAUUUCACGUUAAAUAUUAGAUAUCGUUGAUUUUA